AUGGUAAGGGCUCCCCGAGAGGUAGGCGGUUUCACCGCUUUGCCAUUGGAAAUACCUAGCACAGGAACUUCCUCCCAAGCAGCCACCCACUACCUCUACCUCAAACGUCACGAUCCCAAAAUCCCCGAUGAGGAUGUACCUAGAUCUUUGUUCUUGGUGAAUAUCCCAGUCUACGCUACUGAACAGUCGUUGAAACACCUGUUCACGACCCAACUCGAAGGCGGUCGCAUACAGCAAAUAUACUUUUCGGAGAAUGCACCGGGCAAACAGCCCGCUUCCACCACGAAAUCAAGUCGAAAGCGCAAAAGAAUGUCUCUCGAAGAAAUCGAGGCCGGACUGGACACAUACUCGCUGCCACAUGUCUUCGACAGCGAAAUUCAAAAGAGUGGCGCAUCGGCCGUGGUCGUUUUUGUGGACAGACCCAGCAUGGAACUCGCUCUCAAAGCCGCCCAACGAGCCGCAAAAGCGGGUACGCCGAUCGCAUGGGAAGGCGCGGGAGAUUUAGUGCUGGAUAAAAUGCCGCGACUCGGGUUGAGGAGGUAUGAGCGCCACAAAUCGCUACAAUAUCCCGCGCGCAAGGACCUUCUUCGUUCAGUCAACGCAUAUAUGACUGCUUACGCGCAACUUGAAGAGUCUCGGUCUCGCGAAAACGCACGCAAACGCGCGGUUCCCGACGAAGAUGGUUUCAUCACCGUUACCCGAGGAUCAAGAGGCAGCGCGCGGAUGGACGAGGCGAAGGAAUCGGCGGAGAAGCAGAAAGAGAAAACCCAGCCGUUGGAGGACUUCUAUAGGUUCCAAAUGCGGGAGAGACGGAAGCUGGAGCAAGAGGACAUGGUGAAACGUUUUGAGGAGGACAAAAAGAAAGUGGAGGAGAUGAGAGCGAGGAGAGGGAAACUGGAAAUCAAUGUGGGCUGA